CGCGCGGGGACCGCCUCCGCGAUCCCUUCGGGAAGCGGCGGCGAUGACGCCUGGGGUCUCUUCGGGGCUAACGACGCCGCCGCCGCUCCGAAGCCCGAUGCGCCCCAAAACGCGCCCCCCCCGCGCGCGUCUUCGCAUCCCUUCUUCGCGUCCGCGCGCUUCGCGUGGUCGUCCGAUGCGCCCUUCGACCGCGACGCGAUGACGCGCGAGCUCCUGGACGCGGUCCAAGACCUGGCGCGAAGAUGCGAGCGGCGAGGACACAUGGAGCGGCUGCGCGAUGCGCUUCGCGAGUGCGGGUCAUCGGACGGGGGCGCGUCCGAGGUGAUCGCCGCCGCGGUCGACGCGCUGCAGUCGACCGACGACGACGACGCGAGCCUGCUCAACGAGUGCAUCCUCACGGCGCGCGGGAUCAAGUGCCUCGAGGCCAUGGCGCGCUCCCCGCUGGAGGGCAUCGAGGCCGCCGUGCUCCUAUCCGAGCACGCGACGCACACCGCCGCGCCCGACGACGACGGGCGCGACGCCGGAUCGGGCGCCCGGCGGCACGCGUGGGUCGGGACGAUGUACGCCGCCGCCGCCGCUCAGACGGCGGCGCUCAGAGCGGCAGACGACGGCGCCGAGUACCCGCCCGGUCUGAGGCCCUGGGCGCUGAUGCCGCGGCCGUCCAAGUACAUGGGGAACGAGGUGUUCGUGAUGACGAACAGGGAGGCGGACCCGUGCGCCGAGGUGCCGAGGAAAAAGGCGGACAAAUGCGGCGCGGCGGCGUUUUACAACGAACACCUGCGAACCGCGGCGCCCGUGGUGAUCGAGGGCAUCGGCGCCAGAGACGAAUGGGUCGCCGCACGGAGUUUCUGCGACCUCGGGUGGCUGAGGGAACAGUUCGGCGACGCGUGCGUGCCCGUGGAGGUUGGGCGGAGAACCGCGGACGGCGCGGGCGGGACGAGUCGGUGGAUGCGUCUGCGUACGUUUAUAGACGACUUUCUGUCCACCGCGGACGACAGCCUGGACACGCCCGCGAGGCGACGGGGCGGGCCGGCCGGUGCCGUCGGGUACGUGUCGCAGCACAGCCUGCUGCACCAGUGCGCGGGGUUGCAGGAGCACUUCUCGGUCCCCGAGCAGUGCAUGGGCCGGGUCGCCGCGGCCAACGCGUGGCUGGGAACCUUCGACACGACGACGCACCUGCACACGGACGAGGCGAACAACAUCUUGUGCCAGAUCGGCGGGCACAAGCUCGUGCGGCUGUGGCCGCCGGAGGUUGGCGACGCGUGUUUUCACGUCGAGACGCGGGGCGGCAACGGCUCGUACAACAAGUUCUCGCCGAUCGACGCGGAGAAGCCGGAUCUGGAAAAGUUUCCAAAGUUCGCGAACGCGUACGGGAAGUGCCUCGUCGCCGUGCUCGGGCCGGACGAUUCGCUCUUCAUUCCGAAGGGGUGGUGGCACCACGUCCGCGCGCUCACGCCGUCGUUCUCGCUCAACUUUUGGUUCUGAAGAUUAACGACGCGGGGCGCCGAGGGACGCACAGGCGGACGUACAGGCUUUCUCUGUUUAGAUUAUAAAAAUUUGAUUGACGCGACGCCGUCCUCACUCGCGGUGUCUCCUUCACGCCGCGACGGGGGGCUCGCCGCCCUCGUCACUCCCCUCUUCACCCCCCUCUUUCGCAUUCGCAUCCCCGGACGUCUUAUCCGUGAUCAUCGCCUCGAGCACGCUGAUGUCCACCCUCUCGGAGCCGAGAGCCGAGAUGCGAAGCUUCUCGUAGUCCUCAUCCGUUGCGCCAAAAAUCUCUUUCAGCCGCUGCUGGACAGCCUUACCCUCGGACGAAGGGAUGAACUCGUCCAGGUCCGCGAGGUACAUCACCUUCGCGAACAUGGAGCACCCGUCCACCUUCCGCUGCACGCCCGCGCUGCCCAUGUCGGAGACGUCGCGCAUGAGUAUGCCGUACUUCUUCACCAUGCGCUCGCCAGUCUCCAUGAGCACCGACUUCAUCGCGUUGCCGUCGAGGUCGCACGCGCGCUUCAGCGCCAGCACGUCCGCCACGAAGUCGACGUUGAACGCCUCCUCGUUGAGCUUGUACCUCAUGUACUUUCGGAAGAUCUCCUCGGGCUUGAAACCCGUCUUGCCCUGCAAGCCGCGGAUGUGCCCCUUCGUGAGGGAGUCGCGGUUCUCCGGGAAGAAGUCGCGGAGGCGCUCCACGACGACGACGUUUUUGUUCACCUGGCGCUUGCGCUUGGACCUCGAGCUGUUGUAGCGCAUGUACACGUUG